CUGGCUUGUUUCUGGUUGGGUCACCUGGUGAGAAAGGCCACUACCCACCUUUUUGUGUGUGUGUGUGUGUGUGUGUGUGUGUGUGUAGGGGGUGGGGGUGUUUGUUGCUUAAAAGUAUUUCUGUUCCGUCUGUUUGGUUUGAUAAGACCUGCCUGAGCUGUCAGGACUCGUUUCACUUUGUCCAGCUUUGGAUCUUUCCCAUGAUGGUUCCACGUUCCUUGAACUGGAUUGUUUUGCUUGUUUUUGUGCUACAGCUUGUUGCUGCCGUGGGGGCAAAUCCUGGAAACAGUCCAGUCAGGAAAAAAAGAGACUGGAUUCUCCCUCCAAAGAUUCUGAGAGAAAAUCAAGAUUACACAAAAGAGCUGUCAAUCGCCAGGGUCCGAUCAGACUUUGAUUAUGGGGAAAAUGUUGUGUACUCCCUCAGAGGUAUAGGUGCAGACAAACCUCCCUUCCAUUUGUUUGUAGUCAAUCCUGCGAAUGGAAACGUUCGAGUGACAGAUGUCCUCGACAGGGAGAAGAUCGACUUGUAUGUGCUGUCAGGCUACGCUACAUAUAAAAAUGGCACAGAAGCAGAGAAAAAAAUUGAUGUUCGAAUCAAAGUUGAAGAUGAGAAUGACAAUCCUCCAGUAUUUGGAAAGAUUCCUGCUUGUAUGGUAAAAGAACGCAGUCCCAAAGGGACUGUUGCUAUGACACUCAAUGCCACCGAUGCUGAUGAAAAAAACAACGUGAAUUCUAAAAUUGCCUACUCUCUCAUAUCUCAGCAACCAUCUCAAGGCGUUUUUAAUGUAAACAAGGAUGGUGCCAUCUACAUCCAAAACGCCGUGCUGGAUAGAGAGACAAUAGACCAGUACAUUCUGACUGUGAUGGCUAAGGACUUGUACGGUGAGCCAGGUGGACACGAAGCAACAGCCACAGUCACCAUUAAUAUAGGAGAUGUAAACGACAAUCUUCCAACUCUGGAAAAGGAUGAGUAUGAGGGAAACAUCAUGGAAAACCAGUUUGGUGUGGAAGUGAUGAGGUUCAAAACGGAGGACUUGGACCAGCAGGGGACAGAAAACUGGGAGGUUGUUUUUGAACUUGUCCAAGGCAACGAGGCGGGGUAUUUUAGCAUAAAAACAGACCCCAAGACCAAUGAAGGCAUCCUUAUACUUGAAAAGCCUGUGGAUUAUGAGAAGCUGAAGGACCUUGAUUUGGGUGUGGCAGUGAGGAACAAGGCUCAAUUUUAUGACGGAUCUGACUUAAGCAAUGUAGCUGAUGUUAAUUUUGGAGGGGAAGGAGGUGGUGCUGGUGGUGGUGCCGGUGGUGCUGGUGGUGCCGGUGGUGCUGGUGGUGGUGCCGGUGCCGGUGGUGCUGGUGGUGGUGCCGGUGCCGGUGGUGCUGGUGGUGGUGCCGGUGGUGCUGGUGGUGCUGGUGCUGCCAGUGGUGCCGGUGGUGCUGGAGGUCCUGGUGGGGCUGGUGGUCCAAGUGGUGCCACUGGUGCUACUGGUGCUAAUGGAGGACCUGGAAGAUCACCAAGUGGAGUAAAAACUUAUCCCAUUAAAAUCAAUGUGAAAAAUCAGCCGGAGGGACCACAUUUUGAACCCAAAGUUAAAGCCAUUUUAGUCCCCAAAGAAGACAGCGCCAUUGACUUAACAAAACCCAUUGCCUAUUACCCUGCCCUCGAUGGGGACACUGGAAAACCCGCUGAGAACGUCAUGUAUGCCAAGGGCUCGGACCCUGACAACUGGUUUUCCAUUGACUCAAACACAGCAGCCAUCAAACUCAACAAGGUGCCUGACAGAGAAUCUCCAUUCCUCGUCAAUGGAACAUAUAUUGCUGAAAUUCUCUCCAUUACAAAUGACAUACCAACUAAAACAGCUACUGGCACUAUAGCCAUCCAGGUGGAAGAUUUUAAUGACCGUUGCCCUAGACUGACCAGCCAAAGCCAGACGAUGUGCACCGACCAAAAUAUGGUUAUUGUUACUGCUGAAGACGGGGAUGCAUUCCCUAACGGACCUCCUUUUCACUUUAGUAUUGCCCCUGAGGGGACUGAAGGAGCGUGGUAUUUGGAACACCUCAAUGAGACUUCAGUUAUUGCAAGGACUGGAAAGGCUAUGAUGCCUGGUUCAUACAAGUUACGACUUUUGGUGAGGGAUCAGCAGGGAAAAGCUUGUCCAACGCCACAGAAACUGACCGUCAAAGUUUGUUCAUGUGGAGAAGAUGGUUCAUGUAGAAAGGAAGAACCUGGAAUAAUCAGGGGUCAGGUGAACAAAAGGGCAAAAUUAGGACCUGCAGCCAUUGGAUUUCUGUUUCUGGCCUUGUUACUAUUACUGCUCAUUCCGAUAUUGUUGCUAGCGUGCAACUGUAACUCCAGCAAGCCUUUUAUUGACCUACCUUUCGACCCUAAGACGCAUCUCAUUAAUUACCAAACUGAGGGCCGAGGACUUCUGGACUUGGAUGGUGUGUUCAAACCCAACCCAGUUCAGAAACUCUUGACAAGUAAACAAGAACUGGUAGAAUCUCAGUAUGACAGUUUCACGAAUGUGAACAAUUUGGGCGCACGACAAGAGUAUAACUACAGAGACGGUAACGACAGAAUAGAACAGUGGGGCCUCAUUAAAGAGUCAGAACAAGAACAAAUCAUGAACCUAUCAGGAAGUGGCACAUACCAUAUGGCUCAAAGAAGAGAAUCAGGGGGCCAUUCACUGGGUCAUUCUCUGUCAGACAACAUUUUGAAGGACAUCUUCAACAAUAAAGUCAACAACUUAUACUAUGAGGCUGACGACACUUGUCAGGUGCAUUCCUAUGAGGAUUGUGAAUCCGUUCCUGGCUCCCUUAGCAGUGACAGCUUACUUGGUUGUGACAACGACUUGCAGUUCCUGGACAAUCUUGGACUGAAGUUCAAGACUCUUGCUGAGAUAUGUGGAGGUGGCACGGUCUUGAAUGAUGUGAACCAAGUGGUCACUUCUCUGCCUAAUGCUUCAGUACCUAAGAUCCAAACAUCACAAUCCCAUUUGGUAAGUCAUCAGCAGCCAUCCCAUCCAUCAACACUGCUGCCAACCAACCUCCAAACAGAACGCAAAAUGGUGAGAGAAACAGCUGAGCAAUCUCAAAUGAUGGAGGAAAACAUGGCCAUGGUGAAGGAGGAAAUGGGCUCUGCAAAUUUAGGGAUGAGAUCUCAAAGUCAAAUGCUCCUUGCACAACAGCAGCAGCAGCAGCCUAUCUACUACACCACCACACCUGUUCUGCAGCCCAUGCACUAUGUUGUUCAGCCAUCCUUGCAGAACGCUGUGAUAAUGGCGGAGGCACCUGCCACCAACCUUCAAGACAUGCUGCUGGUUACUGGCCCUGAAACUAUACCUUCCCAAAGUGUCUUUGUUCAAGGCCAGCCACUGAUGUCCAGUCCACCGGUCCAUGGCUUUAGUACAGUGCUAAUGGACAACAGUGGGAAUCAUGGAAACACCAUCAACUUGGUAAAUGCUGGAAACCUGUCUGGGACCCAAACUAUGAUGGUCAUUGGCAGUAAGGCCCCAGAUGGUUCAGUAAAAAUGUUUAAUGGGAGCCAGGCUGGCUUCAUUCAAGAAGGACUGCUAAUGACAAGAGAUGUAUCAGGAUCCCAACAAUUCCUGAUGGUUGAAGAUCCAGCAAAUAUACAGCAACAGAUUAAAGAGGGAGGGUGUGUCUUCCAGAAGAGGGAAAUUCUUGCGUCAGACAUAGUUCAAGGCAGCAAAAAGGGCACAUCCACUGCAUCUGAGAACAGCAAGUCUUCCACCACUGUAAAGACUACAUCCACCAUUCGUAACACGGCAGCGAAGAAGACAAGAGAUAUGGCCUGAAAGAUGUGCCAAGGUCCAGAUUCUGAACAGACCAAGCAGAUUGUUUCUCUGGUCCAUUCCUGAUGGUGUUGGGAUGCCGAUGAAGCUCAGGUAACUGAAUGUAUCAGACAGAGUUACGGUGGCAUGUAAAAGGGCCUGGUUAAAAUUUAAUUUGAUGUAAACUUUUGAAAGAGGAAGUAUGAACUUGAUCUCUGCAUAGGUAAUACUUAAAGACCAAACAUUUAUUUUAAUAUUUAAACCACUGAAUGAACAAUAACAUUUUGCAGACUUGAGCCGGGCUUACACUGAGGUCUAGUCCACACGUAGCCGGGUUUUUAAAAAAACGAAUAUCCGCCCCUCCAAAAACUUGCAUCCACACCACCGCGUUUUAAAAACAAACUCUGUCCACACGUACCCGGAUAAAUACGUUGUUAAGGACAUGCCAGACCUGUAGGCGGCAGUACUUCCCCCGUUCUUAACCUCGUCCUUCGUCUGUGGUCUUCCGCAAGGAGCAGUAAUUCCGCUUGCAAAAACAAACAAGCAAAAAGCGCUUGGACAAUUGAUGGAUCGGGUAGUGACAGAGCGCAGCUCUGAGGGCUUCCAUGAUGUCGGCUAGUGUAAACACAGGUCGCACACGUGAUGUCAGCAUUUUUUGUCGCGGAAAGUGACGUUGCGGACCUUAAAACUCCGGUUUUGUCUGUCCACACGCAGACACCCAAAACAGAGAAAACGCAGAUCUUCACUUUGGCCGGAGUUUUUAAAAAGAUCCGUUUUCGUGUGGAUGACAGGCCGCAGAUCCCCGGCUACGUGUGGACAGGGCCUGAGUCUCUUUUACUCGUAGCAUUCAGCUCCAUCUCACACUGUAUGACCCAGUUCUCUGAUGUGACCUGACUGCUCACACUGUACGUCUGGUAGCAACAUGUCGGAUCUUCAAGUCUGAAGACUUUUUCAUUAUGUGCAGAGAAAAGUGUAAAAAAAACCAAACGAUGUGCGUUGAUACAAAAAUAGCUGGUGAGCCGUGUUGACACAUGCGCUGUGGGGGCAGUUUUGGUACUUUUGGGUCAUAGCACUGCUUUAACAGUACAAAACCCUCAAAAGAAACAAGCAAAAUGUCAAACAUGUUUGAUAUUCGUGCGACCGCACUAUUGAUGGUCGUGAGGUGUUAAUCGCUUCUCAUUACCUCCUGUAUACUUCACAACGUAAAACUUGCACUAACCUCAAAGAUUCUCGCAUGAGAGGAAAAUCGGCUCAAAAUGGUGAAAAAGUUGCACAGUGUACGCCCGGCUUCAGACAAAGAAAGGGGUGGGAUGCACAUGUAAUGCCUUGCCUAGGGAAACUUUAACAUGUGGUGCGAAAGCUGGAAUCGACCCUUGGAUCAGCAUAGAGCCAUAGCUGCCGUCAAAUGAACAUAAAAUUUAAACAUGCCAAAUUUAACUUGAUGAAAUACAUUUUGUUUUGCACCUCACUAAAUUACAUCUGUCACUUUGUCACACUGCACAUUAAAAUGGUUUGAAACAAGAAGGUAAAUGAGUUUAUUAUAACUUUUUAUAAAUGUUUUGUCCAGAUUUUACUUUUCAGCUCCAAUCUUUAUUGAGAUGAAAAGGAUUUCUGCCACAGCAUUACAUGUUUGUUUAUAGAUGUUUUUUCUUAGAGGAAAGACAAAUCCAGUCUUCAGAGAACCUAGCUGUUCUCCUACAUAGUUAUCAUUACUGUAAAAACAAACUUUUGCAUGCUGUUGUAAACAGCCUCUAUUCAACCUGGUAAUGGGAUAAAUCACAAAACUGAAAUGGAGAUAAAUUGUUAAUAAGCUAAUUGUAAUUCGAACUCUACUUGUUUUUUUACACACAAAAAUCUGUUGUUAUACUUUAGGAAAGUGACAAUAAUUGCUGUUUGAGUGAACAUUUUUUCUGUGGUUAUGGGGGAGAAAUUCUUUAUUAAUUAAAACAAAUAGUGG